GGGUUAUCUCCAAUAUGAGAUGACGGUGUCGGAGCAUCUGUAGGCUGUUGAAGACUUUAUACCGGGUCAUACCGGGAAUUAUACUCGCUUUGCGUUCAUGCAUUCGAUCUAAUUUAAAUAGUGAAUAAAACGGCCGUUAGUCUUUUAAAGAUUGUAGUCGCGUGUAUAAUUCGCUCAUUUUAGAAUGCGUUCACGACUUUGUCUUGAUGUAUUUUCACGCACUGCAACGUCUGGUUUGUAUUUGAUCAUCUUUUUGGGGGUAUCCUUCUCUGAAAGCGCCGCUAGUGAUGGCACAGGGAGCCUGCUAAGGAACAGGCUGGGGGACAGAGAGGGCUAUGAGAUUACCUAUCCCUACUGGAUUCAACCAGGCAGACACAGGAGGUCCUCUCUCACCAAGGAGCGUCGGGCAGAGGCUGAGGUCCUGGUGACGGCCGGGGGGCGCGAGCUGAGACUGCACCUGCAGAGGAAUGAGCAAUUGUUGGCCCCCGGAUUCCAGGAGAUAUGGUACACUCCCAGCGGUGCCCGCCUCACCUCCUCUCCUCCCAGCACUGGGCACUGUCUGUACCAGGGAUGGGUCCAAGGAGUGGACGGCUCCAGUGUGGCUCUAAGCACCUGCUUUGGGCUCAGGGGACUGAUAACUCUGAACACUAGCCUCAACUACCUGAUUGAGCCUCUUCCGGUAACCAAGGAUACACACCCGCAUGCCGUGUUCCCUGCUGAGAGCCUCCGCACGCUCAACGGCUCCUGUCAGCAUCACCCUAGCAACCAGGAGCGAAGGGAGGGGCUUGAUGACCUCAUCCAUGGAAUGAUGGCGUCGCAGGGAGGAAGGAGGAGAGAGUACAGAGACGUGAGCCAGAACAUGAAGUAUGUCGAACUGUUACUGGUGGCGGACCAUGCUGAGUUUCAGAAGCAUGACAAGAGCAUAGAGAAGACCAAGCUAAAGUUACUGGAAGCUGCCAACUACGUAGACAAAUACUACAAGGCCCUCAGUAUCCGUGUGGCGUUGAUUGGCCUGGAGGUGUGGUCCGACCAGGACAGGAUCAACGUGUCGGACAACCCCUACAGCACCCUGGGAGCCUUCCUGGCUUGGAGACGCAAGCAGCUACACACUCUCCCCAACGAUAACGCACAGCUCAUCACGGGUGUGGCAUUCCGGGGCACCACCAUCGGGCUGGCUCCUCUCAAAGCCAUGUGCUCAGAGUACCAGUCAGGGGGAGUCAACUCGGACCACUCGGACUCGGCGGUGGGGGUGGCUGCCACCAUGGCACAUGAGAUGGGGCACAACUUUGGCAUGAGCCACGACAGUGACCAGUGCUGCCAGGCUCGUCCUGACGAAGGGGGCUGCAUCAUGGCGGCGGCCACUGGCCACCCGUUCCCCCGUGUGUUCAACCUGUGUAACCAGAAGGAGCUGCAUAGCUACCUGGGCUCCGGAGGGGGGAAGUGUCUGUUCAACCUGCCCAACACCAGGGCCAUGUACGGGGGCCAGCGCUGUGGCAACGGCUACCUGGAAGACGGAGAGGAGUGUGACUGUGGAGACGAAGAGGAGUGCACCAGCCCAUGCUGCAACGCCAGCAACUGCACCCUGAAGGCCGGGGCCGAGUGUGCUCACGGAGUGUGCUGUCACGACUGCAAGCUGAAGAACCCUGGCGCUCUGUGCCGCCCUCCCUCCGGGUCAUGUGACCUACCCGAGUACUGCGAUGGGAAGUCGGAAUCCUGCCCUGCCAACUUUCACCUGGUGGACGGUUCUUCCUGUUCCUGGGGGCGGGCCUUCUGCUACACCGGCAUGUGUCUGACUCUGGAGCAGCAGUGUCAAUCACUCUGGGGGCAGGAUGCCCGCCCGGCCCCUGACCUGUGUUUUGAGCGUGUGAACGAGGCGGGGGACUCCUAUGGGAACUGUGGAAAAGACCUGCUAGGAAAAUACAGGUCCUGCAAGGACAGAGACGCCAAGUGUGGUAAGAUCCAGUGUCUCAGCUCCGCCCCCAAACCCCUCGACACCAACGCCGUCCCCAUCGACACCACGGUCAGCGCCGGACCCCGCAGGGUCCUGUGCCGCGGCACGCACGUCUACCGAGACGGGCCGGAGGACGAGGGCCAGGGGGACACGCUGGACCCGGGCCUGGUCAUGACGGGAACCAAGUGUGGAGAGGACGGGAUCUGUUUUGGAGGAGAGUGCCGCAACGCUUCUUUCCUGCGGGCGGAUGAGUGCAGUGCCAAGUGCCAUGGCCACGGGCUAUGUAACAACAACCAUAACUGCCACUGUGACUCUGGCUGGGCCCCGCCCCUGUGUGACCAGGAGGGGUCGGGGGGCAGUCUUGACAGUGGACCUGUCCUCACCCAGAGCAGCCUACUUCCUGUUCUGUUGCUCCUCCUCCUGGCUGGCUUUGUGCUGUUGAUUGUUGUAGGACUGUGGUGCUACUACAGGCAGAAGCUCCGCCCCCUGAAAUCAUCCGGCCCGCUUCCAACACCUAUAUGUGCAGGACCUACUGAAGUCAAAGCCACCCACGACAACUGUCAUACCAACGGUCAUGCUAAUGGCCAUGCUAACGGUCAUGCUAAUGGUCAUGCUAAUGGUCAUGCCAACCCUACAUUUCUGCUAAAGAGUUCAGAAAAACUGAGUCAGUCCAGUCCUCGUCCGAGCCCUUCCUGUCCCGCCCGAUCCCGAAACUCUAUUGUUCGCCCGACUGUGAAGCCUCCUCCCAUACCUGCCUAUGCUGACCAGCAGAAAGACAACCAGCCCCAGCACCAGCCUCAGCCCCAACCCCAGCCUCAGGCCCAGCCUCAACCCCAGCCCCAGCCACCCCCUAAACCCACCUAUGCAGCCAAUCACAGAAAAGCUCAGCCCCAGCCCCCUCCUCUUCCCUCUGUGCCCCCUCCUCUGCCCACCCUUCCCCACAGCCCCCACACCUCCUCCUCACCCUCAGAGCUCACCGCACCCCGCCCUGAGCCCCCUAACAGACCUCCACCACCCUUGCCCCAUUCAAAACCCACUCAGGAGAAGCAGCAAAGCCGUCUGCAGGUGUCCAUAGACGCCCUUCAGAAAGGAAAGACGACUCUGGUGCCACCUUCUGGACACAGAAGGCAUAACAGGUCACUGUCAGGGCUUCAGACAUCUCACAGUGUCACAACUUGAGUUUAAGUUGAAAUGAUCAUUUCCUCCUAAUUUCUAUGUCUUAUGUUUUCUAGACUCGAUAACAGGACCUCAGGGAAAAGUUGAGAGAUUGCAUCUCUUUCUCCAGUAACAGAGAAAUGAUCGAUUGUCUCGUUUAUUUUCCACAACGGUCAAAAGAACAACUGUCUCUAAGGCGACAGGCGGAAACAAUGGGAAAACUUGAAAUAUGUCCUCUAUGUAUAUUUACAACUUUACUGUGUUUGUUGUGGUGUUUACGGCAUACACGUUCAUACGGUACGAAAUGCUUGCAGUGUUCAAAUGCUGAUUCAGGUGAAUUUGUUCGUAAAGCAAACUGAACAGAAAGUGUUUACAAUGUAACCUAUGUACAGUGAAUUAUGUUACUCCAAGACCAUGAGAUUAGAGGGAAUAUCUUAUAUUAAGAAAAUGUCAUACCUAGAAUAUGGUACAUAUGCUUCUUGUGUGUGACUAAAAGAUAGUAUUAAGACUGGAAUAUACAGAGUUUUAACAGUCCUAACUGCAUGCUAAAAGUACAUGCCAAUGCCUAAGAUGAGGGUAAGAUGACACAUUUCAAAUGUAGCAAUAACUAUUUGAACAUCCUUUUUUUUAGACUUUGUGGUUGUACGGUGUUUCUUGUGUUGAGCGUCUGCACUGUUUUGAAGAGAUUGUUUUGUCUCCUGGAGAGCGUGAGCAGUCUUGUAACAUGUCAUGGGUAGUUAGUACUUCUAGGUUUUUGGGCCCCGUUUCCAACCAGCACUGCAUGAAACAUCCAGCUGGUCCCUUGAUGAUCCAAAGCUGUUCAAAACUGUGACCCCCCCCUUGUGACCAAACUGCAGUACUGCAGAAGGCCUGAGGACGGACGGUGUUUUUUGGUGCUGUUGCUGCGUGUUGCAUAUCACAUCUUGUCAAAUGUUUGUUUCGUCUGGACCAUGAACAUAUUUCAUGGAGACAUAGAAUUAUUUGAAAACGAAUAUGUGAUGGGCAGUCGAAAAAUGUCCCUCGUUGUCAUUGAGUAUGAUUGAAAGGGUUUCACCAUUGAGGUCAGCGUGUCAACAUCUCAUCAGACCUAUGCAAACUGAGGCGGUAUACGACCCUGUGCCUUUCACUUGACUUGUAAUAAACUGUCAAACCGGCCCUCGUCGCCUCACCUUCCCUCGUUUGGGAAUCAUCUGAUCUUUAGAUGGCAGUCUUAGCCGUGACAGGAACCUGGGGGAGGCAAAGAUGGAUCCGCCCUCUGCUGCCCUCUGCUGGUGUGCAGGAAGCACUUCACUAGGAAUGACACCAUGCAAACACCCGUACAGCGAGAAGAUAGCAGAACCACACCACAUCAACCAUACACACAGCAUGUGUCUCCAUGUUGGGCUGUCAUUGGUAACUGUUUCUCCGUUCACUCAUGUUGGCCGAGUAUGAGGCGAUAGCUGAGUGUGUGACUGGGUCUAAAUCAUGGAUGUGUUAGCGAGACACCAGUCCUCCAGAGACGAGGCCUCUCCGUCCUCCCACUCAGCCUACCACAGGCGCUUCCGGACGGGGGAUAAAAAUAUGUCCUCCGAGGGCCCGGAGCGGACGCACCAUGCCAGUGUCACUGAGAUGGAUGUGCUGAAGAUCUGGCACCAGCUGCUGUUGUUGACUAGCAGGCUAAGUUCAGUCAUUCUCACUCCCUAUCCCUUUCCCCCAUCCUCCUCCUUCCCUCUUCCCCGCCUGUCUGAGACGGCUGUCUCCACUCAACUCUCUCUAAGGUCAGUUUAGAAACCCCUUUGGAUAUAGCAUGACAGUGCACGACAGUUAUGGACCCACAAUUCUU